AUGGCUCUCCGACGCGCGCUCCUGAACUUGCGCACCGCUCGGCCCGCCCGCGGGUGGGCCGGGAUGGCGACCGCCGCGGACCCGGGGUUCAUAAGCACCGCGUCGAAGAUGUGCGUCCCUCGCUCAUCGCGCGCGUCUCUUCGCGUCGUCGGCUCGAUCGAGGGUUUUCUCCCUCCCGCCCCCCCCCCCCCGCGUCGUUCGAUCGCGCGCCGUCCCCGCGCGCUCCCUUCGCUUCGCCUCGCCCCGGUCGCCGAACCCGCGCCCGGGUCACCUUCCUCGCGAUCCUCCGCUCGCAGGAUCGACGUCACGGUGGUGCACGAGGGCCAGAGGUACGUCGUCAAGGGCAUGGUCGGGCGGACGCUCGCGGAGACGCUCGCGAACAGCGGGAUCCCCGAGCUCGAGGCGAACACCCCGAUCGUGUCCCCGGAGUGCGGCCCGGACGCGCACGUCUCGGUCCCGCCGGGGGUGAUCGCGUCGAUCCCGGAGAUGACAUUGGACGAGAAGCUCGUGUUGACGGACGUCGCGGAGACGGUCACGCCGCGGAGCCGGCUCGCGAGCUCGGUGAGGCUGACCAAGGAUCUGGACGGGUUGGUCGUCGCGUUCGCGCCGAUGCAGCCGUUCAAGACCAUCUGA